AUGAGCGAUGGCGAGAUGAUGAAGCGAGGCUCGUUUGACAGCUCGGUGGAGACCAACGACGGCGGUCUGGUGGUGAACAGGGAGGUGAUCCACGUGUUCGCGGCGCGCAGCCCGUCGCCCGUGGGACAACGUCGGCGCCAUAAGGCGGUGAACUCGGAGCCGCCCAAGAACUCCACGCCUAUGUACAUGAUGGGCGUGAACCACAAGGAGUACGAUGGAUCGGCGCCCGUGGUGUGGAACGCGUCGUGCUCGAAGCGGAUGCUUCUCGUGGUGCUGUUGGUGCUGGUGCCACCGUUGGUGCUGGGGGCUUCGGAGGUGGCGCUGGCGGUCUUGGCCGAGCGGGCGGUCUCAGUGGUGUCGACUUUCGAAGCCGGCCAGUCAAGAGUGCCAGCAUCGUGA